GAUGUACUCAUAUGCUCCAUUAGGUGUUUCUUAUGCUUCACCCUUAGCAACAUCAAUAGCUAGACCAGUUCCAGGUAAGAAUCCAUAUAAAUAACCUUUAGUUGGAUAUGCAGCUCCAGUGUCUUAUGCUGCCCCAGUGUCUUAUGCUGCUCCAAUUUCAUAUGCUGCUCCAGUUUCUUAUGCAGCACCUCAAUACUCACCAAUCAGAGGAGAAUCUAGAGUUGAAUAUGUCCCUUAUCAAAAGCCAGUGGUUGAAUUAGAAGAGGAAGUCAGAACAGUUUAAGUAUAAAGAUGGCAUAAAACAUUAGGUUCCAAGAUAAAAGUGGGUUACCGAUUAUUACCCAGUAGAAUAUUAAAAGGAAUAUGUUCCAUAAGUUUCUUAUGAGAAAUAAAUUGAUUAUGUUCCUGUUGAAAAGAAUGUCCCAAGAGUUGAUUAUUUAGAAUAUGAAAGAGAAGUAUAAAAUUUAUUCAAUAUUUUAUAAAGGUUAGAAGAGCUCCUCCUGCUCCAGUUUCUUAUGCAUCACCUCUUUCUUACAGCUAUGUUGCUCCAGUAGCCCCAGUGAGAACAAGUGUAGUUGCACCAACAUAUAAUUAUGGUUAUGGAUAUGCUCCAGCUUACAGUUAUGCAGCUCCAACAUUUGGUUAUGGAUCAGUUUACAGAUAUUGAU